AUGAAUGUGAUUUUUUUGCAGGAUGAUCUACACAUGGUUAUCAGAAAGCAACUGUCGAGCAACUCCGUAAAGUAGGUGACCAUAACUUUAUGUUUAAUGCCCAUAACUUUGUACCGAACCAUUCUAUGGGUUAGAAUGAAAGUCGAUAAGAAUUGGCGAACGAAAUUUUGCUUGGGAGUUUUCGCAAACUCUUAUAAUUAUUCCUCAAGCGAACGAAAACAAGAGUUACUGUAGUACAACUGUAGUUUUGGAGGGGAUUUUCUACCUGAAAAAAAAAAUUUCCACGUUUUGAGUAACUCAAUAAACAAACAAACAAAAAAAGGUUAAAGAUUAUGAAAACUUAUUGCCAGAUAAAACAAGGAGAAGAGUUGAAACGAAUUAUUACCGUUGUUCAACUUAAUAACAGAGUAAUUCUUCUUUGUGUUUUAUAGGUAUAAGCGUAUUGGUAUUAUUGGUGCUAUAAUGAUUGUACGAAGUAUGGCUAAGCCGAGGUUGGUUUUGUUAAACCGAUUAAAACACACGUUUAUGUGGCAGUAAAUACUGGAGAUUGUCACGAGCUUGGUUUUUUUUUCUUUUCCCAUGUACAUUACAAUUAUUAAUACAUUAUAUUACAAAAUAAAUAUUUGGGCUAGAGACCUACUAGAAACCUUUGUAGGAUCUAACAUGCAGCUUGAAAAAUAUAAGACUACCUUCAACCCUGAAGUUGGAACCUCACGUUCAAGACUUUACUAUACAUAUGUUUAUUAAAUUUUAUAUCUUUUUAUACAGUUCCGUUGAAGAAGAGACGCCACUGGAGUCAAUUAGUCAAUCGCAGCCCGUUAUCGUUUUAAAUGAAAAACAGAAACAGGCAAGUAUAUAUAUGAUGCAUAUAAACAAUACGUAAAUUGUUAAGUUGGUUUGUUACAGCAGAAUCCAAAGUCGCUAGCAUUUUAGAGGUUUAAGUUGGGGCUCUGAGACAACGACUGCGACAACAAGAACUGCAGGAACACCAAACACAGUCAUGAACUGAACAAUAACAAGAGUAUAAUAAUAAUUAUAUAAUAUAGUUUCUGACGUUCAGCUCGGCUACAAUUAAGAUUUUUAAUCUGGAUGAUCGUGCAAUAAGUUAAUGGAAGAACCCGGAUUGGAAGAACGACAACAAACAAUAACAAACAACAAAGUAUAAAUAAAGUAUAAAGUAUAAUAUCAACAUCGACAGCAACAUCACUAACAACUAUAGAAACAACAAUAACAACAGCGACGCUUAAGUUUAUUUUCUUCUCUACAGGUGAUCAGUCUGUUAGAUUUGGUCCGCAGUAGCAUCAGUCGUGUUCCCGAAGCUGCCGCGUUGUUCUACGACGAGCUGGCCAACGUUAUUGAGAAACGACAACUUGAUCCAAAAACCGAGGUAAAUUGUAUGAUGAUGAUGGAGUGAUCAUGGUGAUGGUGAUAAUGAUGGUGGUGAUGAUGAGGUGAUGGUGAUGAUGAUGAGGUGG